GUAAAUUUUAAGUGUUGUCUGCGACUGGUUUAGGAAAGGAUAAAGUUGGUUUUCCAGCGUCUUCUCGAAGACCUCUCUGGACAGAAUCGGUGUUAAAAUGUAUUGGCGACGUUGUAAAAUUUUCGCCACAUUAGUCCUUCAUAUAACAUCGUGUUUCAGUGUUCCGCUCAGCGAUUUCUAUCCUUAUGGAGUCAGCGAGGGUGAUAAUGCACUUCCGCCAAAUGACGACGGCAGCUCAGGAGAAAUACCAAUCUCAAUUCUCUACCCGUAUUUUGACAAGAAUCACGAUUCCUUAUAUGUAAGUAGGCAGUAUUUAUUUGCACUUUUUAAUAUGAAUUAUGUUUAGACUCGGUGAUAUCUUUUAUAAGUUUAUUUUUUAAAAUAUUGACAGAAGUGCCUGUAUUUUAAAACCACUUUGAUUGUACGUGAUGUCAGCGCUAAACUUUGCAAAAUUGAAAUUCACAGAUUGAAAGAGUUUCUGCUUUUCUUACUUCACCUAAGAUUCUAAUAACGCCCUUUAAAUAAAAAUUGUCAAGAAAAUUGAAACAUUGACAGCGUCUCUGAUUUCUUGUGUAUUAAAAUCCCUAUGAACUACCAGUGUGACAGUUAAAUUUUUUCUCGGAACCACAUUUGUCUCGCUUGAUUAAAUAUAACUAAAUGCAGCACGGAUCAAUAACGUAUUCAAACAAAGCAUGAUUUUCCUUUAAAAUUCUAUCUUUACACUGUGAUGAAUGAUAUUAGUUGCUCGUUUAUUCCGUUAUAUCUUCACUGCCCAACAAUAUUUUCAGUUCUAUCGCAUUGUUUAAGUACUCCAAUAUGCCACAAGUGACCUUUCUACGCCACCCAUGUGUUUCAUGCGUGGUGUGUGUCACGAGAUAUAUUAGGUUCUUCCUGUACAGAAAUCAUCGCUACCUCAGCAGAAGACGAAUAGAACGAAUGCAAACAACGAAAAAAAAAACUUGAAUUCAGUAUAUAAGACGUUCCACUUUCAUUUCAACCAGAUCGUGCAUUAAAAGUAUUCGUGAUAGUCUGGCGGGCACGACAGUUUAGUAGUUGUUUCACUAAGUACUUGAGUAUUGUCAAAAUUUGUUCAAGGGUAAUUUUUCAGCGCCGCUUUACUGCCCAACGAAUUCACAAACUAAAAUACUUUUCCAACCGGAAAAUUUUUUAAUUUAAGAAGUGUUGUCGGAAGCUACAAAGGCAUUAAAACGGUUCGAACUUGAGCUGCAAAACAAUGAAUCUGAUCUGUAUGACCUCACCGUUUUCAGUUUACGGCCAUGUUAUAGACGAGUCAUAACUAUAAUUAGUAGAAAUCGUCCUUUCACAAAUGCUGUAUUGCGACUGGCUACGCAAGUCGCUAUCUAUUUAAGGCAUUUAAAACAAUCAGAUUAUCAGCUCAAGAUUUUUGUCACGUGAUAAUUGAUAGUUGGUUAUUAGUUGAUGCGGGAAAAGCCAGGAUCAACUUUCACGAUUACAAAUCGAGAGCGAAUAAUCUUACAGUUUAAGUUGUUGGAACUCUGACAACAAAAGAGUCUCGUGUUUAUUUUGAUUUAAAAAAAUAGGGAGUAUUAUAAUUUUUAUUUUAUUUUUACCUUCAACCAAAGUGCUUAUCGCCUAGCUGAGUCCACGUUGCAAGGGUGAAAGCUUUUCCUUUAUGUAAUCGAUCAAGGGAAUUAAACCAGAAGCAUAUAACUUACAAUGGGGUCAAAAAUCCUUAGGCAGUUUUUGAAAACAUGUCCUAUGCCCAAAUAUAUGAAAAAGACCGACUACUUUUAGCCAAUUCACUGAGGCGUGUACACAGAACAUCCACUCCCCCGGCCCUCUAACAUUGUUGGUGAACCUACGUGUUAGUAAAGUUUACUAAGCGCACCAAAUUCAACUUUGUUUGCGGAAGAAAUAAUUCGAUUGAAAGUGUCCCAAGACUUGUAAACUCCACUGUAGGUCAUCUGAUUAUGAUUUAACACAUGUAUUGUAAUUUUAAAUCGUUCACCAGCAGAAGUUGUGAAGAAUCAUGUUUUAUAUGAUCGCAUGACUUAUUAAAGGCUUCCAGAAGAUUAUCGAUUUCAGAAUAAUCUUCAUUUCUUAUUUAACUUUUCUCUGUGUGUGAUUUCAGGUGAACACAAAUGGAGUUAUCUCAUUUCUGGUUGCAGUGAGUCAAUACACCCCAGCUCCAUUCCCCCUGGGCGACAACCGACGUCUUAUUUCGCCAUUUUGGGGUGACGUGGAUACCAGAAAUGGGGGAACUGUAUUAUACAGGGAGUCUAUUGACCCUGUAUUGCUGGACCGAGCUACAAAGGAUAUUCGACGGGCAUUCUUAAAUCACCAGAGAUUCUCAGCCUCGUGGAUCUUCAUAGCGACCUGGGACAGAGUGGCAUUCUAUGGAGCUGUAGGAAACUUUACAAACAAGGUAACAGGGAAAGAUAAAUUUUUCGCCUUGUCACAAGCGUGGGACAUGAAGAAUCGAACUUCUGACCAUUGAUGCGCCACCACUGACCUCUUUCUUAUUUUAUUUACACAUGACGUUCUCCGAAUAGGUAAUCCUAGCAAUAAGCAGGACGCGUGUCACAUAAGAACCUUAUACAUGUGUAGCUCUCCACAGAGUCUCUAUGACUCACUGGUAGAAUAUUAGAGUGUGGAAUCUGGAGGUCUGAGAUUCGAUUCCUUAUGGGGACUUAGAAUUUUUUCCUUUCCCCCACUCUCGUGAAAAGACGUAAAACGUCUUUCUCCACUUCACUACUGAGCGCAAAAUUUACCGUCUUUCCCACUCUAAUUUUACAAACAAGGUAACAUUAGUUAAAACCCAACAGGGCUGUAAAGACAAAUAACCUUAAUUCACAAUGGUUUAAGCAGAGGAUCUUGUGUAAAAGGGUAAGAAUUCUAAAAGAAAUUGCAAUUUUGUUCCUUGUCAGGUCAACAACUUUCAAGCUGUGCUGGUUACAAAUGGACGUCAUUCAUUUGCCAUAUUCAAUUACAAUCAAAUCGUGUGGACAACUGGUAAAGCUAGCGAAGGGACUGAGGACGGAUUGGGCGGUACGCCUGCUCAGGUGAGUGUCUGAAUGUAAAGUAAGAGACAAUAUAUUGAGUAAAAACAGUGAGCCCAGUGGAUUUAUUACCACAAUCUAUAUAGAAAAAAAAAAUUAUAAACAUGCAGGUUGCAAUGAAACGCACAUUCGAAUAACCCAUAGCCUUCCAAUAUUUUUUCUCCUGUCCUUCUCCUACAGUUGUGUAGCCUGCGAGUGCACAAGACUGCGCCUACAGGAGCGGCGAAGCCUGCGGGUUUCGAGCCCACCCGUGAGGCGAGCGUGCAAGAGGUUUGCAAAGAGUCUGCGAGGGUUCUGCCCCGAAAAUGAGACCCCUCUCAGACCUCUUUACUGCCCGUUUUGCUCGUGCCGCAUCUUUAGUGGGAGUCCACUUCUCAAAAUUUUUAUUAAAGAACAUAUGGCCAAUGGAAUACCCAAAUAUCUUUGGACCUACUUAAUUUAAUGAACUCUAUCCAUAACAAAUUUACCGUUGUAACUCUAAGAAAGGUUAAAACGUCACCCAAGAGAAAGGUACUAAUGCAUGCACUGAGCUCGCUUGGAAAAGAUUACUCAUAGAUUCGCAGAGUCGAACCCUUUCCUCUAUCUGCAGCUGUGACCGAAAUAUUACACAAUGAUGAAGAUGCUACCAUAAAUGUAUGGAAUUGACUGUGGAUUUGACUUUGAACUGCAGGGCGGGUUUAAUGCUGGAGAUGGGGUGAGGUUCUCCAUUAUUCCUGGCUCCCGAACAAAUGACAUCCUUAAUCUUACUUCCACCUCAAACGUUGCUCGAGACGGUCAGUGGAUGUUCCAAACCGAUGAAGCAAGUGUGGAAGCUGGGGGAUGUAACACAAAAGGUACAAAUUGUAAACACAAGUAUAGUUUAAAGAAACAUCACGGAGUCAUAGGCAUAGAUCUGUAGAUGUCGUAGGAGUGGACAUUCAGCGAACACCUAAAAAGGAAAAAAAGAACUUGAAUAAAAAAAUUAUAAAUAGAGAGUCAAUGGAACAGACCAAAAAACUUUGCGGGAAGUAACUUAAAACUGUACGGAAAUAAUCAUUUUAUCCUCCAUAAUUUUUGUUAUCUAGCUUCGCUUUUUAAAAGGCGCCACGCAUAAAAGUGUUGCAGAUUGUACCGUCCUUGCUCCUCGUUUUAGAAAAAAGAAUCCAAAUAAGUGAAGAGACGCAAACAUUCACCACGUUCAGUGGGCUUUUGGUUAUAUGCUACCCUAACAUUGCAUUCAUCUGCUUCUUCCUAUUUAACAGGAUCUCUCACCAUAUCACCCCGAUCUGGGAUUAUGUUAGGAGGUACGAACGUGAAAAUGAGUGGACCUUGCUUCACUGCAAAUGAUAACAUUGUGGUUCAACUCGACAAUGACGUCAACAUUAAUGCAACUUUUAGCGACGAGCUAACGUCAUCAGUUACAAUACCAGUGUUGAACAAGACAGGGCGGUUGUCAUUCAAGUUAUCUACUGACGGCGGAAAUUCAUUCGAUUACAAUGGAGUGUACACAUCAGGUACGUUAUCGACUAAAUUCUUUUUAUUGUCCGUUGAGCUCACUUUUGACAUCAAUCAAAAUUGUAAAUUUUAAGGAAAAAUUAAAAAUAAGGAACAGGAACUUUAUCUUUUAAGACGAACAUUUUAACGUUUAUGUCUUUGUUCGAUAACCAAGCUUAAAAUUUGUAAUAUGCAUAUUUUUAAUCUACACUCAAGUCGCUCUGACCGUAGGAUCCAUAAGUUCUAAUCAAUGAGCCAUGUGUGGCCCAAAUAAUUCCGGAUGUGGUGGAGUAUCUCAUCGCGAAAUGGAACCUUGGUGAGGUUCGAAUCUUCACAAGGCCCUCGGAUGUUUAUAAGAUAUUCUAAGGGCAACAUGCACCAUUGGCUUUGUUCAAGUUUCCGGGUCAUUUCUUCCUUCACUAGAAGGAACAUUAAAAAAAUUAUCUCUUUUAUUUUAGUUCCCAUAAAUCGAUUCACUCCCGAGGUCCAGCGAGAGGACGGUGAUACAUGGCAGGAGGAUUCCACGGUUGAUAUUAGUUGGGAUUCGGGAAGCAUCGGAGGACUAGACGAGGAAGUGUCGAUUGAUUUGGCGCGCUAUAAAAUGGGAGAUGAUGAUGUUCCCGUACUGGACAGCUUCCGCCAAGUAGUAAACAAUCAACUUAAUUCUGGACAUAGUCAGUUUAAUGUCACAAAAGGAGAGGGAGACGGGUAAGGGUGAUUCUUUAAGCAGUAAUGUGCGGGAAAGAAAAAAAACCAUUAGUUUGGGAUGCUUUUUCAUCAUAUGAACAACAUUCUGCGCGAAAUUGCAAUGCCGCUCAGUGGCAUCAAACGCAUGUUUGUGCACUGUUUGUGUUGAUAAAUGUAUUAUUAUCACAUAAACUGCGAUGUUAUACAGGGAUUUCCGGCCCUGAAAAAAGCCGUAGCAACACACGUGAAAAAAUAUCUUAUUUUAUUUUCCACGUGUGUUGAUAUAGCCAAUCACUCGGUCAGGUUGCUGAAUGAACGGCAAGUUGAUUGUCGGAGCUUUCUCGAAAUAUGGCGCCUAAAACAUUAAAAAAUCCGUAUGCCUGACAGACAGUGAGGUUCAAACUUACCUAGAAGGAGAAAGCCAGUGUACUAAAAGAAAAACUGAAAGUUACGUAUUCAGUGGCUUUGGUGUUAGCAUUUCUCUCGGCUGAGAAUGAAAAUCGACAACUGGAGGAUUUGCCACUGGCCGAUUUUGGCCGUUUACCUGAAAAAAUUCUUCUGUCGGUAAGGACAAAGUCAAUAAAUGAUAAUUUUGUAAAUUGAAAUUACGACCAUUGUUGUUUUUGUAAUCAUGAUUCAACGCAUUUUUUGCAUCUUAAGAGUUAGCGCCCACGCACCCUACGAUUGUUAUUCGGGGAUUGUCAAUUUAUUUGUUUUCAUUGAUUAAUUUUACUGCUUUUCUUGUCAGUAAAGGCCUACUGUGUUGAUAUGAUAAACAAAAUAAUACAUGGUUGCUUGUAGAUAUGGAAUUUCUCUUCUCGUCUUCAACUCGAAACCUCACUCGUUCGCUGUGCUCACUCGUUAGCUAUCGAGUUAAACGAUUGAAGAGAAAUUUCAUAUCUACGCGCGCCCAUGUAUGAUUCUCUAUGUAGCGCACCUCUUCGUCUUGUGAGUCACUGAUCAUGAGUAGGGAACUCAGAGAGGAGAUGAAAACAGUUCCUAAAUAUCUUUUGGUGUUGUUUUGUUGAAAAAUUCAUUUUCAAGGGAAAGCCUAUUCGAAUGGAGCGCGCGCUAUGUCCGUUAAGAACUGAACACAAUUCAAUUGUUACGUCAGUUGCAAUUCACUGUUCGUUUUUGUCAGCGAGUUUUAAGCUGCAUCUUUUGUGUCACAAAAAGAUGUGUUCUGUUUCGGUAGUCACAACGAAACUGGUUUCAACAGCAAUUGAUGAUAGAGUGGGUUAUUUGAGUAAAGUUCGUGGUAAAGAAGAAAGUGUUUAUGAUAAAGUUGUAAGAGAAUUCCGCGAACUCGAGAAGAAUGCUGACAAGUACUUUGACAACUUGGACGCUGUCGAAGAAAUGUGUCACCAAGCGAAAAAAGACGCGCAAAGAUUUCGGCUGAAAGCUGAGGCCGACAAAGAACUAUUGAAGAGAGAUGCUGCUGUGAGGGCCAAAUUGUAUUCCUCCGUCAAGGAAAUGAAAGAAAAACUGAACCGAAUGGAUGUCAAAGAAGAGCUGACAUGCCCAAUUGAGGAAAAGAUGCCUGAAGCAGCUGAGAAUGCACACCGGCUAACUGUCACCGGUCGAGUGUGUCGCUAUGUCAGGAUUGGAUGUGCUUUGGUGUUUGACGCAGUAGCUGCGUAUACUCUCUUUAAGUUUACUCAGCCAUACUUUUUUUAAAUCACUGCACUGGGCCCUAAAAAGAAGAUGGGCCCAUCGCUCGGUAAGAGAACGAAAAGCCUACAAGCAGUCCCCCUUUUUGCGAACUCUGUCGCACGAGUUAAAAAAAGGGAGGAGGAUCUAUGUUUUUUUUACUCCCUAUCAAAAAUUCAGGCCCUUGAUGUCAAAAGAUAUUUAAAGCAAUGAUUGGUUUGGGUGUUUUUCCUCAAAGCUAAUCCUCUUGCUUUACUAUUAUUUUGUAGGAACAUUGAUGAUCGUUUUAUCAAUCUUGUUCGAGUGUCAAGAAAAAACAGCUACAGCAACGUAUCUAAGUCUCAGUGGGUGUGGAGUGAAGUGUUUUCUUGGAAGAAUGAGCCGUGGGCAGAGAGUAGAUGUAAAAAAUGGCAUCAGAAGGAACCUAAUCCAGACACAUUCAGAGGUAUGGAGACCUAAAUUGCAUAUGUCUUGGGGAAGGAACAGACUAACGUGUUGUUACUGAAAAAUAAGCUCUAUCGAUGCUUCUUAAAGAGAAUGAAGUCUACGUCUUAAAGUCCGGAUUCAAACGGUAGAGCCUCACAAAUUCGAAUUUGGUUAUCGCUGAAGUUAACUCGAGUAAGGGGCCAUUUUCUUGGAAGAUGGUUUUUCAGUCAUUAGCCUUCAGCCACCCCGAAAUCCCCAGCACGUUAAAAUGUUGUAAGCGUCCUCGUAGCAAUUCAUUAUCAGCACAUUAGGCAAGAUUCUUCACUCGCGCAUUCCCUUUCUUUGAGAAGAAGUGCCUGUAAAUGGGUGCUGUAUAGCCGUCAGGAGAACCUAGAAGCUGCCAUCCGAAAGGAUUAGCAAUGCUGCUAAACUUUUCAUGCUUGAAAGACCAAGGUAAACUCCUAUAGAGGAUUGUGGGGCUAAACAUGGGUUAGUAUUCCAACAGAGUGAUGGCAAGACCCACCCAUUUUUCAUUUAAGAAAACGUUUCUGCAUGCUCAACGUUAGCGGAUAGUUUUUGAGAAGGCGACCGUAAUGAUAAGGCGAAGAGGAUUUUGACUAAUAUUAUUGUAUUCAACCACUAAGGAGAUCCCAGCAUGCAGCCCUGCCCUUCGAGUUUGACUCAGGCUAUGGUAGAUCGCGGGCGCUUCAUGUCUGAUGAGGAAUGCAAUCCCCAAAAUCGCGAUGGAUGUGAUCGAUACCACAAGGGAGCUUUCCAGUGUUUUUUAAUGGUCAAUCCCAGGUCAGUUACUCUUAAUUUUAGUUUAAUAAAAGCUUACUGGCAAACAACCCUGAGGAAAUGUAGAUCUAUUUGCUGUUUUUAAGAAGGCCCGCUGUGCAACGAAAAAAAGGUACCCAUAAGCACAAAAUAUAACUUUGCCUCGGUUUGAUUCACUGGACCCAGUUUUUCUUGUUUUCGUCCGAAUAUGUAUCGAGCAUGGAGCACUGAUUUACUUUUUCUUCCAUAGUGCCACAGGCUCCGGUCAGCAGUGCUGUUUCAACAGGCUUGGAAACUUAAUGAUGGGCCAACCAAACGCAGGGUCCCUUGACCGCGUUCAUCCUAAUGCUGGUCUCCCUGUGAUAUCCCAUUUCUUCCAUGAUAAGGUGCCGUACGAAGACUGCUGCCGCAACUCUAAGAAUUGUGAAAAGUACUUUGAGAAGCGGCCUUCAGACGACAGCUCAGAAUAUCAAGCACCAAGACCCGGUAAUUCUUAAUCAUUUAAGUGUUAUGUGGCAUGUGGGCGACGCGAUAACCCAGGGGUUGGAGUGGAUAAAAUGUGGUCGCUCAAAAUUCACAAUUAAAAACGAAAAAUGUACGAAAGGGCUGAACACGCGUUGAAAAGAAUUACGGUUAGAUCGCACCAUGGUUAGAUCGCUCCCAGUUAGAUCGCUCCAAUCAAAGGUUAGAUCGCUCCACUCGAAAGUUGGAUCGCUCCAUCAGUAUAAGUUACUUCGCUCCGUGUAGAAAACUAAGGUAAAGGUAGCAAAACUAAGCUAUCUAAAUUGAUAAUUCAUCAAAUGACGUGUAUAUCUUACCUAACAAUCGAUUAAUAUCGCUCGCGCGCGCUUGAAAUAAAUCCGAGUUACGCAGAAAGAACAAAUAAAACCUCGUGUAACGAACUCACGAAGUGUAACCACGAUCAUUUAUUCCAUCAUCGCUAUACUUCUAGUCACCUCUAUAUAUAUAUAUAUAAAUAUAUAGGUGGUUAAUCUGGUGGACAGAGUGAAUACGAUGUACUCGAAUCGUCGCAAGACACAUCAUCACCUAUGAACUUUAAAGAUCAUUGCUAAGCAAUACUUCACAUUACAACAUGAAACGAAGUACCUUGUUGGUAGCGAAGUAACUUAUUUGAUGGAGCGAUCUAACUUUCGAGUGGAGCGAUCUAACUUUUGGUUGGAGCGAUCUAACUGGGAGCGAUCUAACCAUGGUGCGAUCUAACCGGAUACCGUUGAAAAAAGGCGCAGGCCGGUUACUCUCCUGUGUGACAAUGCCACAUAAUUAAAGUGUUACAGCAUUUCCAAGUGGAGUCAAAUUCGCUCUAUAAACAUACGAAUGAUUCGCGUAUUUGGGUAAACGAGACGCAGUAGUACGAUUUGUUGAUAGCUUGUCUGUUUGCAGAAAGAUCUGUACGACAAAAAAAUCCCCUUACCCAUCAACAAAACUAUGAAAAAAAUUGACGAGACAAAUUCUCAACGGUUAGAGUUAUUCAUAAAUAAAUACAUUACAGUUCAAUUUUUUUUAUACAAAUAAACCCAGCAGUCUCGAUCGAUAGCACACCGCAGAAAUGACGCACACCGUCCAAUUACACAGGCUUGGCGCGUGAACUGUCCUUUUACAUUGUUCAGUUAUUGUGCAAUUGCAAGCGCAGCGUAAAAGUUUUCCUAAACUAAACAAAGCGCGCUGCUAAUUGCCAACUACAUUUGGGCAUUAUGUUUUACUUUUAAUUAAAAGUAGGGAAAAAAUGUAUGUAUAGUUCUUUGAUAGUGAUUUCCCUUAACAGUUCACAUCUUCUUUAUUUCAAUGAAUACGUUUUUUCGUUGCCCAUAGCUACCGGUUUUGGGGACCCACACAUGGUGACCUUGGAUGAGAAGCCAUUCACGUUCAACGGAUAUGGGGAAUACUUCAUUUUAAAAGUGAAAGGGGUGGACUUCACUUUGCAGGGGCGUAUGGAGCCUCUAUUAGCAGACGAUGGAUCGCCCUCAAAAGCCACGGUGUACACGGCAUUUGCAGCCAAAGAAAAUGGAUCAGACGUUGUACAGGUCAGGAAAAUAUGCGGAAAACAGAAAUAUUGAUUAUCUUGUAUAUGUGGUGAUGGGGCACACAGGAAUGUACGUUACAUGAUAUAUUUAUAUUAGACCGUCAUUGCCAUGCUGGACUCAAGGUGGCCUAUUGGUUGGCAUGUUGGGUGUGAGCCCGAUAGAUCUACACUGGUCUAAGUUCGUCUCCCGGCUGGGUCAUCUACUUUGCCCCUAGUGUACCCCUCUUCACCCAUGCAGGAGUAUCAGUUGGUCACAAGAGACUGGAUCAUCCAUGAUGGGCCAGCAUGUCCUCAUUUAUUUGUUAAUAUAAAUAAACUAAAUGUUGUACUUAGUUAAACUUUUUUUCUCUUCUUCUGCUGAAUGUAGAUCCAGUUGAAUGGUCGCGGCUUGGUGGAUGUUUUGGUGAAUGGGGAAAGAGUUGAUUUUGAUGAGCUCUCCCUUCUGGAAUUCACCGGAGUCUCUGUGUUGUAUUACACCAACACUACUAAAUAUUCCGUUAUUUUUAACUCCGGCAUCUCCGUGACAGUUGAAGGCCAGCAAGAGUUGCUUGGUCUCGUGACUUUGGUACCAACAAUUUUCAAAGGUAAAAAUCAAGAGAAGGUGGAAGAAUUCAAAUUAAUUUCAGUUAUUUCUCUCCCCUUUCCAAGUAUACGGGUACACAGUUUAUCUUUAACGUUUAUGAGUCUUUCUAAAGAAGAGAGAUAUCUUAGCGAAACUCAUUUUGAACGAGUGUUACCCGGCUGGGGGAAGAAGAGGUCCCAAGUGGGUAGUUGACUAUUCUCUUUUUAUCAAAGAAGAGAUGUCAUAUUACACUUGCCAACGAGGUUUGAGGUCUUUACUCUAAGUUCUGGACAGAGUUUUUUAAGGUUAAUUGAUGGCCGAAGCGUGAUGUGCGUUGGUCUUUAGUCGACGGGAAACAGUGACAAAUUGUAAAUUGCGGGGGGAAAUUACGACUCACUGCAGUAUUUGUAAAGUACAUCAAAUUGGUUUGGGGAAACGAUUAUUGGUUACUUAGAGCGGCUUCCUAUAAUAUUACGAGAGACGUACUUCGAAAGCAAAACGAGCCCGGGCAUUUGUUAGUUAGCCUUCAUUAAGUUUAAACAAACAAUUUGGAGAAAGAAAGGAUUCAAGAGGGUGAUUUUGAAAAAGUAACUGAAGGAUGGCCCCCUAAAUUGACCAAUCGCAAUGCGUUCGGUAACUGUGAGAUUGCAUAUAAACGAAACAGCAUCACAUACCCAACUCCUUAAAUGGACAGGCUAAAAAAUCGAAGCAAGUAUCCGAUAUUGAGAGUGGAAAGAUAAAUUGUCAUUGCAGGUAAUACUUCCGGUCUCCUUGGAUACUGGGAUGACAGUAAAGAGACGGAAUUCCUCAAGCCUGACGGAACAUUCCUGAAUACAAAUUCGAGUUUGGAAAUCAUACACAGAGAGUUCGGACAAUUAUGUACGUAACUGUCAGAUAUGAUUGCUUUCUGGUCUUUUUUUUAUGUUACUCCAGGUUAUGGAUUUACCUUCCGGAGUUUCGAAAGUCAUAAAACGCAAGCAUGGCCUUUUUAAAUUUCAGAUUUCUAAAUCAAAAUAUCAAAAACCUUUGUAGCCGGUCAUUAGUAUAAUUUUCAGGGUAGAAAUACAAUUUUUGAAGACACUUUUUUCAUAGUGCAGAUGUUGCUAAGUUGUACCGUGUCCUUUGAGGUUGUCAACCCCUCCAUAGUAAUUUUUAUGAUUAUGAUUUCAUUUACUUCCGCCUCAAUUCACCAAACGAUUAAGCUAUGAAAAAAUUCUCUCAAGUUGUUUUGGUCUUAUUUAGCACAAAAGACCUCAAUAAACUUUAAUGAUAUGAAACUACUUUUAAGACUUUUAAAGAAAGAUAUCUAAAAUUUGCCAAUAUGUAGCAGGUUUUUUCUCAUACUCUCAAAUGCUGACAAAGUAAGCCAAAAAAAUAAGACAAGAGUCACAUGGGAAACUCCCAGGAUACCGUUUAAUGGCACUAUCCCUUAAAAGUGCACUUGACUGUUACACCUUUUCUUUCGUCCGCAGGGGUCACCAAACCAGAUGAGUCUCUCUUUGUCUAUCAACAAGGUCAGGACCACUCCACGUUUCACCAUCCGAAUUUCCAGCCAAUAUUUCCUGACAGCCAAAAAUUGGACUUCGCUGAUAAGGUGCUGGAGAAAGAGGCCCAGAAUGUUUGUGGGGAUAGCUCCGAGUGUUUGUUCGAUAUUUUUAUAACUGGCAAAGUGCGAAUCGGACGAGCAACAAAAGAGACUGUGACUCAGUUUGUCGCUAUUGUAAACGACACUGUGAAGCCAGGUUGAGAAUAAUAAUUUUUAUAGUUUAAUGCGAUAGCUAAACAUCAAUUCACAGUAUUUGAUCCGUCAAUUGGAUUAUUUACGAGCUCCUACAAUGCUCAAUCGCAAAAUGAGUCCAGGUUUUAGACCUUUCAAGUGAAAAUGAGUUUUAUUUACCUAAGAAUAGAAUGAUUUUCGUCCAAAAGGCUUUGCACUCCGUGUCUGCAGAUCAGAACAGAGCUUUGGGCGGCGCGUUAACUGCACAAUGAGGCAAGCUUGUGCUGGGCCUACUGGGUGAAAAUGAGUUUUAUUUACAAAAGAUAAAAAAAGUCAUUUUCGUCCAGAAGGCUUUGCAUUCCGUGUGUACAGUUAAAAACAGAGCUUGAUGACGCAUCGGUGGAAGAAUCUUUGAUACAUAAGAUAGCGAUUAAAUUCAUACAGAAGGAACAAGUCAUUCUCCAACGACUCUUAGCAUUCAAACGACUCGAUACCAAACGAAAACGCGUUUAUGGACACUUUUCAUUUCCCGUAUUGUUCCAGGUCUCUUCCCUGUUUGCUCAUGGCUGAAGGCUGGUAUGUCAAUCACAAGGGUUGCUAAAUUGUGUGAUGUUGUCUUUAUUUUUCAGCUUGCGUACCACUGGACUCGCAGCUAACCGAUGGGGUUGUAGACAGAAAUGACACUGAAGGCGGAAUUGAUUACACGUUUGGAUGCAAUGAAGGUUUCGUUAUGAACGGCUCUGAUCAUGUGACGUGUAAAGAUGGAGUUUACAAUGGUUCGGCUCCAAACUGCUUGCCGAAAGGUAAAGUAGAUCAAUAUUUCAUUUUUUCAUUCACUGCAUGCCUUAAAAAUUGUUAUGUUGACUAUAAUUGCGUUUUGUUCCCGCCAUGAUCAAUCGAUAGCAUCGAUGAUUGAUACCGUUUGAUAACUAGCGAUAUAAGUGGAUACAACUUGGGUCAGCAUGGAAAUAAAAUCGAUCGAUUGAUACUUAUAAAUCAAACUUAGAACGUUUAGCCUAAUAAUUCGGCUGAGAUUUGACGUGUGGAAGGCUGCAGUUGAUAGGAGUGACUGACGUUUUGACAACUUGAGAGGAAGUCUUCAACAAACUCAAGGUUGUCGAAACGUUAGUCACUACAACCGACAACAGUCUUACGCGGGAAUCUCUCUUUACUGAACGAUCAAACCAGUUUUUGUAACACCGAAACUUGCUAAAUUUUGCAAUGAUACUCAAAUCAGUCUUAGAAACGAAAGAAGGGCAUAGAAACCAUUUUAGUGCAGAGACGCUUUGGUAGUAUUGGGCCCUUUCCAAGAACUCUUUCGUCAAAUUAUCCACGAUAGCCUCUUUAUCGAACCAACAAUUGGUUCAUUCGUCUGUAUAUGUUCAUCGAGGUUUGAAACUCGCGGAAAGUUAGAAAAGCAUGCAAGACAUUUUAGAGUCUCUCGAGGAGCAGUGGUACUUCAAAUUUUUGAUUUAGAGAGACUUUUUCUGCUACCCUCCAAUGCAUGCUCAAACGUCAUCUGUGUCUAAAAUGGACACGCGCAAAAUUGAAUUUGAUAACAUAAAUAUAAUAAAACGAGAUGAUCGGUGACUGCGCAUGACGUUUUUCUUGCCGUCUCGCACAACUCUCUGAGCAAUAAUAAAGGAUCAAGAGCUUCUUUAACAGGAAAUAAAACUAAUGGAGACCGACAGAGUCUAAUUUGAUUGAUCGUCUUUAGAUCUCAAAUUUGGGAGCAGUCUCACUAAUAACCGGGGGAGGGUGGGGGGAAGGUUUCUGUGGGGAUCGAGGGAUCAGAUGGUUUCCAGGGGAAACGGAGGGAGGAUCCGUUAUUAGUCGUUGCCGAAAAAGAGUACAAAGGGGGGGCUAUAGAUCAUUGACUAUAAAUUAACUCUGUUAAUGAGAGGAAAGGUUUAUAUGAAUAUUACAGAGCCCUAUAGGGGGAUCAAACAAAUUACAUCGGGACUCAGCCAUAUUCCAUUGAACCCCCCCAGGAGAUAAUAAUGACCUGUCACUUAAGUCUAACAUAUUGAUUUCCUUUUUAAAAGAAUGUCCAGUUCGUCUUUGGCAUCUUAAGAACGGUCGUUUUCACGGGAAUGGCAGUGUUUAUCUUUCAACGUAUCAUUUCCUGUGUAACGGUGGAUAUGUCUUGGUUGGUGACAGUACCGUGACAUGCACGGCGGAUGGCUCAUGGAAUGGUACAAAACCCGUCUGUUUGCGAGGUAUCAAGUUUAGCCUUAAUACAUUAGAGAGGUUUCUUAGAAAAGGAGAAUCAGGAAUUAAUGAUUAAGGAGGAUCGGGGAUGGAUGUUAAAGGAUCGAUCAUAAUGAAAUUACCAAUUUUUUUGAAGAAAAGAAGAAGUUAAAGAGCCCUCUUUGAAAGUUAUAUGCAUGAAACUUUCCAGUGUAAAUGCAUGUAUCUCAGUUUUCUCCGUAUAAACGUCGCAGAUAAACUACAUCCUUGACUCAAUAAAUAGUCUUUUUAUUUAGUCUUGCUGAUAAGUUGGUUUAAAUUGACACCUGAUCAGAUCAUUUUGUGUCUUGAUAGUGAUGCUGCCGGAAAUAAAAUCAACAAUGAUUAAAAAAAAAAAAACAAAACAAAAACAAAACAUGAAGAAAAUGAAACCAGAAUUUCCAUUCUUCAUGUUCCGCUUAAAAUUGAGAUCUUUUUCACUUACUGGGACAAGGAAAGGAAAUGUUACUUCUUCUGGAAAAAAAUGGCUCACCAAAAUUUAUAAUUUUGAAUGAUAAUUGACCUAUGAAACCUAAAGAAAUGAUUUAAUACAGCUCCCAGUUGCAACAAGUGGAAAUUAGUAUUAGUUAUGAUUAUACGAUCUCAUGAUCUUCCUAGCCAUGUUCUAAAUGACCUAAGAGUUGCCUUAAAUACUUGCAGAAUGCCCAAGGCUCCCUUCUUCAAUUUCAAACGGCGACGUCCAUGGUUCAGGUCACUUGCAAGGAUCACACCACAGGUUUAGCUGUCGCCCUGGUUACUCUCUCGUGGGCCAUGCCAUUUUGUACUGUAACGAAGAGGGAAAGUGGAAUGCCAGUGUUCCCAUGUGUCUGAGAGGUAUACAUAUCUAUCUCAAAUUAAAUUUGACGAAUGGUGUGUUGUUACAACACCUAGUCCAGGAAUCGUCGACCAAGUUUUGUGAUACAUUCUCCGAACUACAAAACAUGUGUUUUAUUGAGUUACGAGGUCUGAUGUUAUGACAACAGUUACCACUAACGCUGUUUUUGAUUGAAGAGAUGAGGUAGAAAUAUUUUAGAAACUACUCCCUUAGUUAAACUUGCGCUCGUAUCCUUUAUGGACGCAAUUUGCCAGAGCUACGUCAAGUUAUAUUGAGUCAUUUUUUUAGGGAAAGAAGUAAACCUUCAGUUAAAAAGACGAUUCAAAAUCAUGUUUAAUAAGAUAGAAAAAAGAGAAAUGAGUCAGUCAAUCACAAAUCAAGAAGGAGCAAGGAUAGAGAUGGGUGAAGUGGACUGCAAAUAUCAGCUUUAAGAAUUUAGAUAACCCAUGGACUAAUGAGCUCCUUCGAAGGAAUGACUUUCCGCAUUAUUUCCCUCUUUCUCCAGAAUGUCCUCAUCUUCCAUCAUUCAUACCAAAUGGAUUCGUUGGUGGGAGUGGAUCAGUGGAGGGAUCACAGUACAGGUUCAGUUGCAAGGGAGGAUACUCUCUUGUGGGAGCAAACAUCCUUCAAUGUACCGAUCAGGGAAACUGGAAUGGCUCCGUUCCUUCGUGUCUCAAAGGUACGGGUGCACGAGAGUUCGAUUACUUUAAACUCCACAAAUGUAGCACUUUCUGUUAACUACAUCAUAAUCUGAGUACCGAGUGGAGACCUGCCAGGGUUUGUGUAUUACUUAAUUUUCACUCGUUUUUGUGCCCCACUUCCGAUGCCUGAAAACAUUUUCCUGGUGCUUGAGAAAUUCAAGAGAUAUCCAUCCCUGUUUCUUUUUAAGGAACCUCGUGUGAUCUGUAGCUCGCAAUUCGCUUGAUAUACCACUUGUCACAGUGUUAGUUUUCAAGGAAACGAAUUUCUCAUCUCACGUUUCUUGUCCAAGGUUAUUACGUUACGCGCUAAUAUGAAGCAAAGUAAUCCCUAAUUUUUCUUCAUUUCUUUUUUAUCUCCCACUGAAUUAUGCGAGCUUAUUUUUCCGGAUUCUUUACUUUAAGUAAUCUUAUUUUCAGAAUGUCCACAACUGCCGUCGUCAAUACCUAAUGGAUUUGUCAACGGCACAGGUUUCUUGGAAGGCUCUGUGUAUGGAUUUAGUUGUUUACAGGGCUACUCCCUUAUUGGAGAGAAAACGUUACUUUGCUCUACGGGCGGAAACUGGAAUUCCAGCCUUCCCAGCUGUCUCAAAGGUAGCUGUAAUUAAGUGAUGAAAAAUAACCGAAAAAUGAUUACAUUCAAGUGUCUACAAAAACUUUUUAAAACAUUCAGCGUGACAAAAACCUUUAAAUAUCGGUUAACAGUUCUGUAAUAGUGUUGCUUUUUUUUUUUUAAUCUGAUCCUCGUUAAAGUGAACUGAUAUGCCUGACUAAGAAAUAUUAUGACAGUAUCUGAUCCUAUUUUCCAAGAAAGACAAGCUGGAAUAUGGGGGGAAGGGGGUUGGAUAAAGGAGUUGUUACGGUCUAGGAAUAAAUCACUUAUAUAAGUGUGACGUAACGAAAAAUUCGUUGUGCAUAGACUAUAUUUAGUUUUUGUCGCAUGGUUUGCAGCAAUAUAUGAGUUACAGAGUGAUUUUAUUUAAAGUUUAUCCUGAAGAGUCAAACAUUGUGGCAGGUUUAUUUCAAUUGUUGUUGGUUCGAUCGUCACAGAUUGUCCAGACCUUCCGUCGUCCAUACCGAAUGGAAAAGGAAACGGAACUGGUUCCGUAGAGGGCUCCAAGCAUCAUUUUACUUGUGAUGAGGGAUAUUCACUGGUUGGACAGAGAGCUUUACAUUGCAAUAACACAGGUGCCUGGAAUGGCUCUGUGCCUGUGUGUCUUAUAGGUAGUGUAUCUAUCAAUGUUUACCUCUAAAGUAACUUAAAAUUACCUUGCUGAACAAGAGUUCAGAUAUAGUGAAUACUGAGGUUUACUAAUUACUAUCAUCCUAAUUUUUCAUAAUGUAAAUACUAUUUUCUAUUAGAUUGUUAUUGCUGUCAGGUAAGUAACACGAGCUUAUAAUCAGCAGUACAAACAUAUGCAGUUUUCAAAUUGACUUAAGGAGACUUAUCGUAUACAUUUUUGGAAAUCUUCACACAGAUUGUCCUAGGCUGCCAUCUGAAAUAAAAAACGGCAAAAUAAAUGGAACGGGUUUUGUAGAGGGAUCAUUGUACAAAUUUAGCUGCAACGAUGGUUACUCUAUCGUGGGUCAAGAUCUUUUGUAUUGCACUCAAAUGGGAAGAUGGAACGCAGGUGUCCCCGUUUGUCUCAGAAGUAAGUGCCUUUAGAAUUGUUAGCGUGAUCUUGUAUGCAAAGGAAAAGCCUGCACUCAAGCUAAGUCACCCAUACAGCUGUAGCUUAUCCCGUUUUCUGUAAAAUGAAGCGACAAGAAAUAUUGCUACUCUCAUCCUGAAAGUUUGAGUUUUCUUGAAAGUUUGCCGGUGCCGAUUUUGUCCCUCAAUUUUUCUCAAGAAACUUAAUUGUUUUAAUUUACUUUCUUAACGUUUGUUUGCAUUUUCAUUUAGGCUCUUUGAAAUUGGACAUUAAAUCUAGUUGACAAGAAAAAAAAUCUGUUUAACGUGGAUAAUUUGAUUGAUCAUCUUUAGAUCUCAAAUUUGGGAGCAGUCUUACUAAUCACCGGGAGAGGGUGGGGGGAAGGUUUCUGUGGGGAUCGAGGGAUCAGAUCGUUUCCAGGGGAAACGGAGGGAGGAUCCGUUAUUAGUCGUUGCCGAAAAAGAGUACAAAUGGGGGGACUAUAGAUCAUUGACUAUAAAUUAACUCUAUUAAUGAGAGGAAAGGUUUAUAUGAAUAUUACAGAGCCCUAUAGGGGGAUCAAACAAAUUAUAUCGGAACUCAGCCAUAUUCCAUUGAACCCCCCCCCCCGAGAUAAUAAUGACCUGUCACUUAAGUCUAACUGUAAAUAAGAACGGGAAGAGGCACAGGAAGAUGGUGAGUGUGUCACUAAUGUUCCCGUGGUAGAUAAUUACCUUUGAAAGACAGAAAAAAAAAAAUUAAAUGAUCGAGUGAUAACAUGGUACAUGUUGAUUUCCUUUUUAAAAGAAUGUCCAGUUCACCUUUGGCAUCUUAAGAAUGGUCGUUUUCACGGGAAUGGCAGUGUUUACCUUUCAACGUAUCAUUUCCUGUGUAACGGUGGAUAUGUCUUGGUUGGUGACAGUACUGUGACAUGCACAGCGGAUGGCUCAUGGAAUGGUACAAAACCCGUCUGUUUGCGAGGUAUCAAGUUUAGCCUUAAUACAUUAGAGAGGUUUCUUAGAAAAGGAGAAUCAGGAAUUAAUGAUUAAGAAUUUAGAUAGCCCAUGGACUAAUGAGCUCCUUCGAAGGAAUGACUUUCCACAUUAUUUCCUCUUUCUCCAGAAUGUCCUCAUCUUCCAUCAUUCAUACCAAAUGGAUUCGUUGGUGGAAGUGGAUCAGUGGAGGGAUCACAGUACAGGUUCAGUUGCAAGGGAGGAUACUCUCUUGUGGGAGCAAACAUCCUUCAAUGUACCGAUCAGGGAAACUGGAAUGGCUCCGUUCCUACGUGUCUCAAAGGUAUGGGUGCACGAGAGUUCGAUUACUUUAAACUCCACCAAUGUAGCACUUUCUGUUAACUACAUCAUAAUCUGAGUACCGAGUGGAGACCUGCCAGGGUUUGUGUAUUACUUCAUUUCACUCGUUUUUGUGCCCCACUUCCGAUACCUGAAAACAUUUUCCUGGUGCUUGAGAAAUUCAAGAGAUAUCCAUCCCUGUUUCUUUUUAAGGAACCUCGUGUGAUCUGUAGCUCGCAAUUCGCUUGAUAUACCACUUGUCACAGGGUUAGUUUUCAAGGAAACGAAUUUCUCAUCUCACGUUUCUUGUCCAAGGUUAUCACGUUACGCGCUAAUAUGAAGCAAAGUAAUCCCUAAUUUUUCUUCAUUUCCUUUUUAUCUCCCACUGAAUUAUGCGAGCUUAUUUUUCCGGAUUCUUUACUUUAAGUAAUCUUAUUUUCAGAAUGUCCACAACUGCCGUCGUCAAUACCUAAUGGAUUUGUCAACGGCACAGGUUUCUUGGAAGGCUCUGUGUAUGGAUUUAGUUGUUUACAGGGCUACUCCCUUAUUGGAGAGAAAACGUUACUUUGCUCUACGGGCGGAAACUGGAAUUCCAGCCUUCCCAGCUGUCUCAAAGGUAGCUGUAAUUAAGUGAUGAAAAAUAACCGAAAAAUGAUUACAUUCAAGUGUCUACAAAAGCGUUUUAAGACAUUCAGCGUGACAAAAACCUUUAAAUAUCGGUUAACAGUUCUGUAAUAGUGUUUUUUUUUUUUUUUUUAUCUGAUCAUCGUUAAAGUGAACUGAUAUGCCUGACUAAGAAAUAUUAUGACAGUAUCUGAUCCUAUUUUCCAAGCAAGACAAGCUGGAAUAUGGGGGGAGGGGGUUGGAUAAAGGAGUUGUUACGGUCUAGGAAUAAAUCACUUAUAUAAGUGUGACGUAACGAAAAAUUCGUUGUGCAUAGACUAUAUUUAGUUUUGGUCACAUGGUUUGCAGCAAUAUAUGAGUUACAGAGUGAUUUUAUUUAAAGUUUAUCCUGAAGAGUCAAACAUUGUGGCAGGUUUAUUUCGUUAAAAUAUCGAAGAAACUAUUGUGAACUGAUAUGCCUGACUAAGAAAUAUUGUGACAGUAUCUGAUCCUAUUUUCCAAGCAAGGCAGGCAAUAUGGGGGGAGGGGGUUAGAUAAAGGAGUUGUUACGGUCUAGGAAUAAACAAGUGUUUACGUAACGAAAAAUUCAUUGUGUAUGGACUAUGUUUAGUUUUGGUCACAUAGUUUGCAGCAAUACAAGAGUCACCGAGUGAUUUUAUCUGAAGGUUAUCCUGAAGAGUCAAACAUCGUGGCAAGUUUAUUUCAAUUGUUGUUGGUUCGAUCGUCACAGAUUGUCCAGACCUUCCGUCGUCCAUACCGAAUGGAAAAGGAAACGGAACUGGUUCCGUAGAGGGCUCCAAGCAUCAUUUUACUUGUGAUAAGGGAUAUUCACUGGUUGGACAGAGAGCUUUACAUUGCAAUAACACAGGUGCCUGGAAUGGCUCUGUGCCUGUGUGUCUUAUAGGUAGUGUAUCUAUCAAUGUUUACCUCUAAAGUAACUUAAAAUUACCUUGCUGAACAAGAGUUCUGAUAUAGUGAAUACUGAGGUUUACUAAUUACUAUCAUCCUAAUUUUUCAUAAUGUAAAUACUAUUUUCUAUUAGAUUGUUAUUGCUGUCAGGUAAGUAACACGAGCUUAUAAUCAGCAGAACAAACAUAUGCAGUUUUCAAAUUGACUUAUAGAGAUUUAUCGUAUACAUUUUUGGAAAUCUUCACACAGAUUGUCCUAGGCUGCCAUCUGAAAUAAAAAACGGCAAAAUAAAUGGAACGGGUUUUGUAGAGGGAUCAUUGUACAAAUUUAGCUGCAACGAUGGUUACUCUAUCGUGGGUCAAGAUCUUUUGUAUUGUACUCAAAUGGGAAGAUGGAACGCAGGUGUCCCCGUUUGUCUCAGAAGUAAGUGCCUUUAG